GACAAAAUGGCUUCCAGAUUAGAGGACGAUCUCUGCUGCCCUGUUUGCUGUGACAUGUUCAAAGAUCCUGUCAUCCUGUCAUGUAGCCACAGCUUCUGUAAAGACUGUCUGCAGAACUGGUGGACAGAGAAACCAGCACGUGAGUGUCCAGUUUGUAAGAGAAGACACUCAAAGGGCUUAGUACCUCCUAACUUAGCUCUAAAGAAGCUGUGUGAGAGUUUCUUACAGGAGAGAGAUCAGAGAACUUCAGAGGCUCUCUGCAGUCUGCACUCUGAGAAACUCAAACUCUUCUGUCUGGACCAUCAGCAGCCAGUUUGUCUCGUCUGCAGAGAUUCAGAAAAACACACCAACCACAGAUUCAGACCCGUCGAUGAAGCUGCACGACAACACAAGAAGGAACUUGAGGAAACUCUGGAGCCCUUAAAGGAGAAGUUAAAGGUUUGUGAACAAGUUAAAGUGAAGUGUGAACAAACAGCAGAACACAUGAAGGUCCAGGCCCGACGCACAGAGAGGCAGAUUAAGGAGCAGUUCAAGAAGCUUCACCAGUUUCUAGAGGAGGAAGAGGAGGCCAGGAUGGCUGCACUGAGGGAGGAAGAGGAGCAGAAGAGUCAGAUGAUGAAGGAGAAGAUGGAGGCUCUGAGCAGAGAGAUAGCAGCUCUUUCAGACACAGCCAGAGCCACAGAGGACGAGCUGAGAGCUGAAGACGUCUCAUUCCUGCUCAACUACAAGGCUGCAGUGGACAGAGUCCAGCAGCGCCCCCUGCUGGAUGAUCCACAGCUGCUCUCAGGAGCUCUGAUAGACGAGGCCAAACACCUGGGCAACCUGACCUUCAACAUCUGGAACAAGAUGAAGGACAUGGUCUCCUACACUCCUCUGAUCCUGGACCCAAACACUGCUGGUCCAUAUCUCAUCCUGUCUGAAGAUCUGACCAGUGUGAGAGGAGCAGAGGAGGAGCAGCAGCUUCCUGAUAAUCCAGAGAGGUUAAACUACUGGUGUGUCCUGGGCUCUGAGGGCUUUAACUCAGGGACUCACAGCUGGGACGUCGAGGUUGGAGACAAUACAUACUGGGAACUGGGUGUGUUAGCAGAGUCUGUCCAGAGGAAAGGAGUCAUACACUCUGGAUUAUGGAGAAUAUGGUUCUGGUCUGGUGAAUACACAGCAGUCUCCCCACCACAUCAAGACACUGCUCUCUCCUUUGAGAGGCAGCUCCAGAGGAUCAGAGUCAAUCUGGACUGUAACGGAGGAAAACUGUCAUUCUCUGAUCCUGAUACUAACACACACAUACACACCUUCACACACACUUUCACUGAGAGGAUGUUUCCAUAUGUUAACAAUAGGGAUAAACUCCCACUGAAGGUUUUACCACUGAAGGUCUCUGUGACUGUAGAACAACACAGAUAGAUGACUUUGAUGUGUAUAUUGAAAGAUAUACUGAGUGUUGCGGUACAUGUGACUGUAUUUUCCUGAUGAUGUUUUUUCUUAGAGUGCAAAAAUAUUUAAUUUUGGCACUGCGUCCACCAAAGCCUUUUUUUUCCACCAGCUGAAAAUGACC